CGCCCUCUCGCCGUCGGUUAAAAAACUAAUUGCUAAAAAUUUAACCCCCAUAAUAACCUCGGUGACUCGCUGUCCACCCACAAUUCAUCACAACCCAAUCAAAUCUAGGUAAACUACACGUGUCGAUAUCACGUUUCGCCUUCGUACUUUAGUCCACGAAUGAUGCCGUAUUGAAGAAUACCCCACUUCUUUAACCGAGAAUUUUCACCUACGCAUGGUUCGGUCAUUUCCUAACCAUGGUUAAACACCAGGAGCAGUUUAUAUUGACCACACCAUUUCACUCCACAACAAAACCCCCAUCUCCCCACCACCAAAAAUAUUGAAAGAGAGAGGAAAAACGAAAACAGAGAGAAGAGAAAAAUGAUGCUUGGAGAGAGAAGCUAUGGCGGUACGACGGUGCAUACUCCUCCGUGGCCCUCCGCCGCAGACGAUCACAGCUCCCUCGCCUUGAGCCCCACCGCCGUCAAUGCUAACGGCAACGUCGACGACUACUCUUUAUUCUUCCAGGCCGACUCCUUAAAGGCGCUGCAGCGUUACUUACCGUCCAACUCAACCGACGUCGUUCCGGAGUUCUCCUUUGCUGACUCGGAUGGCAGCGAUUUCCUCCCCGUGGACGCGCACUCAUGCGAUAAUUUCCGCAUGUUCGAGUUCAAGGUGCGUAAGUGCACGCGCGGCCGCUCCCACGACUGGACCGAGUGCCCCUUCGCCCACCCCGGCGAGAAGGCCCGCCGCCGCGACCCGAGGAAGUACCACUACUCCGGCACCGCCUGCCCGGACUUCCGCAAGGGGACCUGCCGGAAGGGCGAUGCCUGCGAGUUUUCCCACGGCGUAUUUGAGUGUUGGCUCCACCCGGCGCGCUAUCGUACUCAGCCAUGCAAGGACGGCGUAAGCUGCAAGCGCCGCGUCUGCUUCUUCGCCCACGCGCCCGAGCAGCUCCGCGUCCUCAGCCCCCGCGCCGACUCCUACGACGGCAGCGCCUCCUCCUCCCACUCCCGCUUCCCGUUCAUCGCGUCGCCGGAGUCGCCGUCUCCGCCGGCUGCCGAGUCCCCGCCGAUGUCGCCGACGGUCAACGAGAUGGUGGCGUCGCUGCGGCAGCUGCAGCUGAAUAAGGUGAAAUCGAUGCCGUCGUCGUGGCUGGGGAGCUGUCCGUCGCCGCGGCUGAAGGUAGCGCCGCCGGGCUAUUUCAGCGUGCCCACGACUCCGACCCGGGCCGUGGCCCGGCCCGGGCUUGGGUACUUCGAGGCGUGGGACUGCGAGGAGGAGCCAAUGGAGCGGGUCGAGUCCGGGAGAAAUUUGCGGGCCAAGAUGUUUGAGAAAUUGAGCAAGGAGAAUCCCUUGGAGCGGGUCGAUCCGGAUCCGGAUCCAAACCCAAACCCGGAUGUGGACUGGGUGUCGGAGCUGAUAAAUUGAGGAGGGGCUUGUUGUGAAUAUGUGUGUUUUUCGGAGGGCAAUCUGGGAAUUUGUAAAUAGUGAAAGGAACAAUGAAUCCUUUUAUUUUUGGGGGCGGAAUGAAAAUUUUCUCUAGGCUAUAAUGUUGUACAGUGAAAUUACAAAAUUGGGGCUCUGCAUGCUUAAGGUUGGAAAGCAGCAGGAGCUUGCCGGGUUUUAUUGCUUAAGCGUCUCCCAUAAUUGCUAUGCUUAUUAGGUUUAUUAUGUUUACAUAAAUUUUGCUGCUAUUUAGUUUCCCCUAAACUUGCUGAUUAUUGUAAAUUAUGAGGCCAUGUAUCAGUGAUUGUCUAUUUCGUGUUAAUUUAAUCUAUAUAUUUACUA